CACACAUAAAAAGUUGAGUUUAUAAUUCCAUUAUUCACACAGCCCUCUAGGGUCCCUCACAAUGCCAAUUUCUUUUGUUGUGUAGUGUAAUAGCAUAGGAUUGGCAGCCUCCGAUUGUUUACAUCAGCGUAGGCGGCACUGCAACAACAACAACAGCAUCCUCCGCUCUCUUUCUCUCUCCCGUGCUUUGCGCUCUGGAGCGGAGGAGAAAAGAAAAGCGCUAUUCGCUCACUUUCUCUCCGGCUCUCUUCGUGCUGCUGCGCCAAUUUGCAAGAAAACUAAGUUGGUUUGCUGUGCAGUUGUGACAAUCGUCGUGGAGAGCAGCGGCGCACUCUCCACAAGGAAGCUGCCAAGCCAGCGAGAACGGCCAAGCGAGAGGUGACAAGUGAAAAGUGGCAAGUGGAAGUACCAAAUGGUGACAGGUUCACUGGUAGUAAUCGCAAGUUAGCUGCCCGUUUGGCUGCGGAUUUUCGUCCAAGUUCGCUAUUCGUGUUGGUUUUUGAUGGUUUCGUCUCUCUCGGGAGUCCGCAUAGGCGGCAGUGUGUGUAUACAUAUACGUGCUUUCACACUGACAACAGGGCCGGGCGCGUGUAUGAGUGUGGUUAAUUUUGCCGUGUUGCCGAACAUCUGUAUCUGUAUCUGUGGCAGCCAAUAGUUGUGGCAAGGCCCUCGAGCCACUCGCAACACAACACAUAACAACAGCAUCCCCAAUAAGUGGCAGCAACUACGCCGCAUGGCAAAGCACCAACGGCCGCAUUUGUUGUUAAUUGAAAUAAAUUGAAAUAAAUUCCCCGACUUUGCUGCUCAUAUUGUUAAUAAAGAGUAGCCGGAGCGACGCAACAGCGAAUCAGCAGCAGCAGUAAACAAAACUGUGAGCAAAAGUGGUUUUAGUUCCAUUCCAGGCGUCGGACGACUUUGAGUACAAGCGACGAACAACCAGAGCAUCUAAGGAAUUCCGAGCGAACAAUGUGAAUAAUGUUGGUAUCACAAGCGAUUCGUGGCAGUAACCAAAAAGAGAACAUGCGUUUAUUUAUAGCCCCAGUGUGUUCCCAUUAGUGAGUGUGGUGUGGCGUGCAGUGCAUUGCAAAUGAGUUCAAACUGCGGCCGAAGAGAAAAAGGAGGCGUCCUACCAAUACCAAUCCUUGUGUAGAAUAGUUCCCUCCGUAAUCAGAUCUGUCGCAGACUAACAGUAGCAGCUGAAAUUCCACGAUCGGCGCAUGAAAUCGUAUGUAAAUACACUUUCCUGCCGAGUCAGAUUCUCAGAACGCCAAUGUUUACACUAUUCGAUUAUUGUUUAGCUAACAGCCUCUUAUGCGAAAGUGGAAUACAUACAUUAAUUGAAGGGGGAGGUGGGGGUUGGGGCUGGUAGGGUCUGCUAUAAGCAGAUUUCCCCUGCCACGAGCAGGCCCGAAGGCAGAUCCGUAUUUGAUUUGUCCCCUCUAUUGUCUCAGUCUCAGUGGAACCCAUACUCCCGAAUCAAUCAAUUGUAUUUAACUGUGCGUAUGCGAUUUCAAAAUCAAAUACCACCCCUCCUGCUGGGGUCAUUGCACCCAAGGUGCGUGGGUGCGUGAGCCAGCACUAAGCACCCACCCAGAAAUACGCCGAAAACCCAGCAUCCGGCGACACAGGACAUGCGCAGUGGCCUUUUUGGUAGUUGCAUUUCGGCCAACAGCGACUGAAAGAGCAGAGAGCGGAGGAGCAUGGCCUUUUCCCGCCAUAACAUCGAGAAGCGCCGACUCAUCGAGCUCGUGCGACUCAACCCAAUCCUCUGGGACUGCCGCCUGCCACACUACAAGCGCUCGGACAAGCGCAAAGCCAUCAAAUGGAACGAGUUGGGGCGGCUCUUCAACGUUAAUGGCGAGCGGGUGCAGCGCACGUUCACUUCGCUCCGCGAGAUCUUCCGCCGCGAGCUGAACCACGAAAAGAUGCUGGGCACCACGCGCUUCAAGUCCAAGUGGGAGUACUACGAUGCCAUGGCCUUCCUCAAGGAGGUCAUUCGAGAACGCAAAUCUCGCGAGCGCAUCAAGCACGGCUCUUUGGAUCCCGCACCAGUAGCCACAGGCAGCAGCAACAAUAACAACAACUGCGUAAGCCGCAAUAGCAGCAACAACAACAGCAGCAGUGCGGCCCUAGACGAAUACCAGUACUUUGCUCCUAGCGACCCCAACAACCCGAACAAUCAGCCCCAGCCGCAGCCCGAACCAAAGAGUAGUCUGCCUGUGACUAUUCCCAGUCUAAGUCUCAGCCUCAGCCAGUUGCCGGUGGCUCUGCAGCAGCAGGCCCAGCAUCUCCAAGCCUUACAGCUGCAACCGGACGUGACGCUGACUUCCCUGCAGAAGCAACCUUUGCCCACUUCCCUUUCCAUUGCCACACCCGCGCCGUUAGCACAAACCUCGCCCGCCCAGGUGCUGUCCAGCUCGCGCUCCUGCAGCUCUUCGCCCUCCAUCUAUAUAAAGGACGAGCCGGGUUCUCCGGCAGGCGGUUGCCCGGAAGAAGUGAUGACCGGAAAUGGACCAGAGGCGACGAGGAAGAAGCUGGCCACAAUUCGUCCGCAGACCAAACAGCAACUUAAAGCGCGUCUGCAGCUGCCCACGCCCAAAAACUCAUCAUCGUACGCUACGUCGCCGCCCCAUUUGAUCAUCAAUGCCAACAACGAGCUUAUUGACACCGACGCCGGGGACCUGGAGGAGGAUCUGGACGACUUCGACGAGGACGACGACGUGACCGGACGCUGCUCACCAAUCGCCGGCCAGUCGGAGAUGAUGGGUGCCGACGGCAGACUCUCGGUCGGAAGCAUUUAUAUCGGUGAGGGUGGCGACUGCGGAAGGGGUCUGGGUAGAGCCCACACUCAGGCGCGCCACGUGCCUACCUCCAGGGAACUGCUCUACAUGAAAUUCGGUGACUUCCUGGCCGCCAGAUUGAACACUUUGCAUGAGACUGUAGCUAAUGAGCUGAUGAACAAGAUGCUGCUGCUAAUUGCAGAGAAGUGAGGAAAGCGGGGACCGAUGUCGCCUCUAAAAUUAUUGCAUUUGGAGUGGCGUAGCUCUGAAGCUCGGCAAUCUGGCCCACAAAUCACAACGAAACAUGUUGACAGCACACGGAGCAGGCUGUGCCUGCAGGUUGGCACCGACUCUCAAGGAACGAGCAACAGGAGAACGAUGUGGGAGGGCCACUGGUUCACUGGUUCACUGCUUAUGCAUUUCCCUAAUGAAAUGCAAAGAAAACGAGCUACGGCCCAACAAUAUUUCAGCCUGUGCCGAGCGCUCGAGCUGAGCUAUCCUUUCUGCGAUAGGCAAUGCAAAUUUGAGAAGAGCUCUUGUCGGAAAUACUUGUUUUUGCCGUGCUCCCAUCACCAAGGCGACAUAGUGUUGGAUAGCGUAUUAAGGUGCACAAAUCAAGUCUGUACCAUGUGCCAUUUAAGCAUCUCUCCAAGGCGUAUGAUAGUCUAUUAUUAAAAUCAAUGGAUAAGUCCUUAAAUCAAACAAGUUCAAAAAAUGCGACCAAUAAAAUUGUAUCAUUCCGAA